AGCCCGCCUCCUGGUGCCGGGCCGGGCUUCCGGCGCGUCUCCCGGGCAACGUUCGCCCCGCCCCGCCAUGGCGCCCGAGGAGAGCGCGGAGGCUGCGGACCUGCUGCGGAGCUUCGAGCGCCGCUUCCUGGCUGCGCGCGCGCUGCGCUCCUUCCCCUGGCAGGGCCUGGAGGAGAAGUUAAAGGGGCCGCUGGGUUCCAAGGUGCUGCUGGACAUUCUGCAGAAGACCGUCAGGCACCCCGUGUGUGUGAGGCACCCGCCGUCGGUCAAGUACAGACGGAGCUUCCUGUCCGAGCUUAUCCGCAGGCACGAGGCCGUGCAGCCCGAGCCCCUGGACGAGCUGUACGAGGCGCUGGCAGAAGUGCUCAUGGCCCAGGAGGCGCCCCCGUGCCACCGGAGCUACCUGCUGCCCUCAGGGGACACGGUCACACUCACGGAGAGCCCGGCCAUCGUGUCCCAGGGCACCACGGGCCUGGUCACCUGGACCGCCGCACUCUACCUCGCCGAGUGGGCCCUGGACAACCCGGACACCUUCGCACACAGGACGGUGCUGGAGCUGGGCAGCGGGGCCGGCCUCACGGGCCUCGCCAUCUGCAAGGGCUGCCGGCCUCGCGCCUACGUCUUCAGUGACGGCCACAGCCGCGUCCUAGAGCAGCUCCGCGACAACGUCGUGCUCAACGGGCUCACGCCGCAGGCGGACCCCGCGGACCCCGACCCCUGUGACACACAGCGCCCCCAGGUGGCGGUGGCCCAGCUGGACUGGGACCUGGUGACAGGCCCUCAGCUCGCCGCCUUCCAGCCUGACGUCGUCAUUGCUGCAGACGUGCUGUACUGCCCUGAGACCACGCGCUCCCUGGUGGGCGCCCUGCAGCGGCUGGCCGGGUGCCAGGGACACCUGCGGGCUCCUGACGCCUACGUGGCCUUCACCGCGCGCAACCUGGACACGUGGCGGCUGUUCACCGAGGAGCUGGGCCGGGCCGGGAUCCCGUGGGAGAAGCUGCCUCGGCACAGCCGGCGCCUGUUUGCCUACGACGAGGAGACGGUGGAGACGUCCAUUCUGAAGCUGACGCUGGCGGCCCCCAGCCACGCAGGGGGCCCCCCUGGAGACCACCCGCCCCAGGACGGGAUGUCUCUGGACACACACGGGGUAUCCCAAACGUGCGAAUAAAGUCCGUGCUGCUGA